AUGGCGGCGCUGGAAGACCUGGAGUUUGGGAAGUCUGAUUUUGUCCUUCUGGACGAGGUGAACAUAGAGCAGUUUAUGGAGAACCUGAAGCUGAGGUUUGAGAAAGCCCGUAUCUACACCUUCAUAGGAGAGGGGGUGGUGUCAGUCAACCCUUACAAACAGAUGGACAUCUACGGGAAGGAGGACAUCAACGCUUACCGCGGCCGGGAGCUGUACGAGAACCCUCCCCACCUGUACGCUGUGGCCGACGCUGCGUACAAGGCCAUGAAGAGACGAGCCAAAGACACCUGCAUCGUCGUUUCAGGUGAGAGUGGAGCAGGAAAGACAGAGGCUAGCAAGUACAUCAUGCAGUACAUCGCAGCCAUCACCAACCCCAGCCAGAGAGCAGAGGUCGAGAGUGUGAAGAACGUUCUGCUGAAGUCCAACUGUGUGCUGGAGGCCUUCGGUAACGCCAAGACCAACCGCAACGACAACUCCAGCCGCUUCGGCAAGUACAUGGACAUCAACUUCAACUUCAACGGCGACCCUACCGGCGGACAUAUUAACAACUACCUACUGGAGAAGUCAAGGGUGGUGCAGCAGAAUGGGGGUGAGAGGAACUUCCACUCCUUCUAUCAGUUACUACGGGGAGGCUCAGUAGAUAUGUUGAAGUCCCUUCACCUGCACAAUGACCCUGCCAACUAUGUGUACACCAGAGAAGGAGCUGUCGCCACUACGUGCAACAACGACCGGUACAGCCACAACGCAGUGCUGAGUGCCCUGAAUGUGAUUGGCUUCUCAGAGGAGGAGAUUCACUCGAUCUACAGAAUCCUGGGGACCAUCCUCAUCCUGGGUAACCUGCAGUUUGAGACAGACAGUGAGAGUGUCCUGGUGGUGGGGAUGGGGGACGUGAGUCACAUCGCUGAGCUGACCAGCACAGAGCCAGACAACGUGACCAAGAGCCUGCUGUACCGCACUGUGGCCACCGGGGGCGGAGAAGUCAUAGAGAAGGGACAUUCUGAGAAAGAGGCCUGCUUCGGCCGGGAUGCUUUCACCAAGGCUCUCUAUGAGAGACUAUUUGGUUGGAUUGUAGGCCGUAUCAACGCUGUUAUUGAGGUGAAAGACUACAACCCAGUGCUUCAUGGGAAAAACACAGUUAUUGGAGUGCUGGAUAUUUACGGCUUUGAGAUCUUCGACAACAACAGCUUUGAGCAGUUCUGCAUCAACUACUGUAACGAGAAGCUGCAGCAGCUCUUCAUCCAGCUGAUCCUUUGCCAGGAACAAGACGAGUACAAGAGAGAGGGUAUCAUCUGGCAGCAUAUUGACUAUUUUAACAACCAGAUCAUCGUGGACCUGGUGGAACAGCCCCACAAAGGCAUCAUCUCUGUGCUGGACGAGGCCUGUCUCUCUGUAGGGAAGGUGACAGACAUCGUCUGCCUGGAGAGUAUGGAUGCUAAGCUGGGACAACACCCCCACUACACCUCUCGCAAGCUCACGCCCUCAGACAAGACCAUGGAGUUCCACAGAGAUUUCCGUAUCCUCCACUACGCUGGAGACGUCACAUAUUCCGUUGAGGGCUUUUUGGACAAGAACAAGGACCCCCUUUUCCAAGAUUUCAAGAGGCUCAUGUUUAACAGUUCCAACCCUGUGAUGAAGGAGAUGUGGCCUGAUGGUCAGCUGAGCAUCACAGAGGUCACCAAGCGACCCCUGACGGCAGCCACCCUCUUCAAGAACUCCAUUGUGGCCCUAGUGGAGAAACUGGGCUGCAAGGAGCCUUACUAUGUACGCUGCAUUAAACCAAAUGAUAUGAAGUCUCCCCUGCUGUUUGACGACGCCCGCUGCCAACACCAGGUGGCGUACCUGGGCCUGCUGGAGAACGUCAGAGUGCGGAGGGCAGGGUUCGCCUACCGCCAAGCCUACACACGCUUCCUACAGAGGUAUAAGAUGAUCUGUGUGUACACCUGGCCCAACCACCUGAUGGAAACAGACAGGGAGGCAGUGGAGGCUAUUGUCACGCAGCAUGGUUUCCAGGAUGACGUCGCGUAUGGACAUACCAAGCUGUUUGUGCGAACGCCAAAGUCUCUCUUCACCCUGGAGCAGGAGAGAGCCGCUCUCAUCCCUGUCCUGGUGCUGUUCCUACAGAAGGUGUGGCGCGGGGCGCUGGCGAGGAUGCGUUGCCAUCGGAUGCGUGCCAUCUUUGCCAUCAUGGGCUGCUACAAGCGUUACAAGGUCAAGGUCCACUUCUGGGAGGUGGAGCGGCGCUUCGCCAACGUAGGCAACAUGGAUGACUAUGGGAAAAGCGUGGAGUGGCCCACACCACCAGCAGCCCUCACUCAAUUCCACAGCAUCACGCAGAAGCUGCACCGCAGGUGGCGUGCGUGGCAGAUAGUGAAGAACAUCCCACCGUCUGACAUGGGGGAGGUAAGGGCCAAGGUGGCUGCUCUGGGGGCCCUGAAUGGGGAGAGGAAGGACUGGGGCUGUGGUCGAACCUGGGAGAGAGACUACCUGGCUAAUGUGAGGGACAGUCAUCGGAGCAGCUCCAACUUCAUACUAUUCUCCCAAGAGCUCAGGAACAAAGACGGGUACAACCAGGUUAUCUUCUCUGGAUUCUGUAGGAAGAUGAACAGAUUCAGUAAAAGCACAGACAGAGCUUUGCUGAUCACAGACAAACAUAUCUACAAACUGGACCCCAAAAAACAGUUUAAAGUGUUGAAAAGACUGCCUCUAGAAGUGAUGACAGGCCUGAGCGUCACUGCAGGCGUUGACCAGAUGGUGGCGCUACACACUUCCUCCCAGGAUGAUGUUCUUCUCUACAUCCAGAGAGGGGAGCUGUGCCCCGACCAGGACCGCAUCGGGGAGCUGGUGGGAACGAACACCCCUCUCCCGGUGAAGGUUUGCUGCUCGGCUGUCCAGCUGCACAUGCGGGGCAAGCCCAAGAGCGUAACCGUGGAGACCAAGGCCGGCCAGGCCAACGCAGACUUCAGGAAGAGCCGCGACGGAUUCAUCCUCCUGAUCCCAUCCAACUGAGACAGUCACCACUAGCUCCCCCAGCCAAUCACAAAUCUGGACCUGGAAGACAGUUCCACUGCUGAUUUACAUUCUUCCUCUCUAAUAUAGGACUGAUUUAGACCUGGGACACCAGGUGGUGCAGUUCAUUAUCAGGUAGAACAGAAAACCCAGCAGUCCUCCAGACCUCCAGGCUCAGACUUGAAUAUCCCUGAUUUAUCCUCUGGACUGUAUCAAAGGGCUACAGUAGAGGGAGAGUGAAUCCUCAACCCAUUUCUCCACCCAUCUCAAAAGAUGGUCACCCCUCUAAUGUCUGUAGUUCAGACCAGAGAUGGUCACCCCUCUAAUGUCUGUGGUUCAGGCCAGAGAUGGUCACCCCUCUAAUGUCUGUGGUUCAGGCCAGAGAUGGUCACCCCUCUAAUGUCUGUGGUUCAGGCCAGAGAUGGUCACCCCUCUAAUGUCUGUGGUUCAGGCCAGAGAUGGUCACCCCUCUAAUGUCUGUGGUUCAGGCCAGAGAUGGUCACCCCUCUAAUGUCUGUGGUUCAGGCCAGAGAUGGUCACCCCUCUAAUGUCUGUGGUUCAGGCCAGAGAUGGUCACCCCUCUAAUGUCUGUGGUUCAGGCCAGAGAUGGUCACCCCUCUAAUGUCUGUGGUUCAGGCCAGAGAUGGUCACCCCUCUAAUGUCUGUGGUUCAGGCCAGAGAUGGUCACCCCUCUAAUGUCUGUGGUUCAGGCCAGAGAUGGUCACCCCUCUAAUGUCUGUGGUUCAGGUCAGAGAUGGUCACCCCUCUAAUGUCUGUGGUUCAGGCUUCAUCUUAUUGGAUGAAAACCAAUUCACUUUUUACGGCAGCAAGCUAAGGCAAAAGGUUUAGGAUUUGUCAUUGGCAGUUCAAUGUUUUAUUGUAUUAUACAGUAUAGGAUGCUUACAGGUAUAGCCUUUUCACUUUUUUUGUACUUUUCCAAGGAUGAAACAAAGACAUAUAGCCGAGAGACUGAACUACAAACAAGAGUAGCAAUAUUUCAUAUAGA